AUGCCGUCUGAAUCCGAGCCUCAAAUGCUUUACACAGCCCCACAACAGGACAAGGAGGGCUCAGAGACAUUGGAAGGAUCCAAUUUCGCCAAGGACUCCAACCUUUCCUCACACCCGCAUGAAUUUCCCGAAGGUGGUCUGGCUGCUUGGAUGACAACUUUUGGAGCGUUUCUUAUACAAUUAUGCGGGUUUGGUUAUACCACCUCAUUUGGUGUCUACCAAGACUUCUAUACCCAGCAUUACCUUACAAACGAGACAUCGUCUGCCAUAUCAUGGAUCGGGAGCCUGAACACGUUUUUAGUCACCGCUGUGGGCCUUAUAUCAGGUUCACUAUAUGACCGAGGAUAUUUCUACCACCUAGUAAUUGCUGGAUCGCUUCUGCAGAGUUUUUCUCUCUUCAUGUUGUCUUUGUCAAAACCCGAUCAGUACUAUCAGAUAUUCCUGGCUCAAGGUGUAGGCCUGGGUAUCGCGUCGGGGCUCGUGUAUGUUCCGAGCAUAGCUGUCGUUUCGCAUUAUUUCCGACGGAGACGCACACUGGCUAUGACGUUCGUCGCUUCGGGCUCUUCUCUGGGUGCUGUCAUCCAUCCGAUUAUGCUCAAUAACCUCCUGAAUGGUCGUCUUGGUUUUGGAAAUGGCGUCCGUGCAAGCGCAGGGUUUGUCAGCGUGCUCCUUUUGAUUGCAUGCCUAUGCAUGCGAACUCGCCUUGAUCCGCCGAUGACACCAGCGAACUAUAUUGUGGCAGCUAAAAAAUGCAUUCGUGAUACUGGCUUCUACUACCCGUUGUUCUUCAUUCAACUCGACUCUAUCAAGCACGGUCUUAGUGUCACCUUCUCGUUUUACUCUUUAGUGAUUUUAAACGUGUCCAAUUGUGUGGCACGAGUCACGUCAGGAUUCAUCGCGGCUUUCACGGGAGUCCCAAACUUAAUCAUAGUUGCAACAAUUUCGGGUGGUGUGCUCAUUUUGGGCAUGAUUGGAUUGAGUAGCCUGGCCAGCGUCGUUGUACUUGGUGUGAUGUAUGGCUAUUUUGCGGGGCUGUGUAAGUGGUUUUUUUCCACUGGGAUUUGGAAGCUUGAUCGGUGGGCGCCUGUGCCAUUUUUUGCCUCUAAUUCUAAUUCUUUAACAGGAACACCCAUUUCUGGUGCCCUACUGACAUCGAAUUAUACCUGGUGGAUACCCGCUGUGUUCUCCGGGGUGAGUUGA